ACUCAAAACAGGAAAGAGCAAGAAGAUCUUUACAGGAAAGUGGUCGCGCUACAAGUAAAUCUUUAAUCACCCGAGGAACUGUGAAGCUUCUAAAUUUCACUCGGUGGCUGACUGGGAGGAGCAGAGACCGUUGCUGCUUUCGGCACCAUGGAUAAUCUGUUGCCUCAGUCUAGAUUCACUUAUUUCAAAAAAUAUCCUGUCCAUGCUAUUAGGAAAUAUUUAUCGAUGCUGAGAAACCAAAGAGCGGAAGAACAGGUUGCACGUUUUCAAAAAAUACCUAAUGGUGAAAAUGAGACAAUGAUUCCUGUAUUGACAUCAAAAAAAGCAAGCGAAUUACCAGUCAGUGAAGUUGCCAGCAUUCUACAAGCCGAUCUUCAAAAUGGUCUGAACAAAAGUGAGGUCAGCCACAGGCGAGCCUUCCAUGGCUGGAAUGAGUUUGACAUCAGCGAGGGUGAACCACUAUGGAAGAAGUACAUUUCUCAGUUUAAAAAUCCCCUUAUCAUGCUGCUUCUGGCUUCUGCAGUCAUCAGUGUUUUAAUGCAUCAAUUUGAUGAUGCUGUCAGCAUUACUGUGGCAAUACUUAUCGUCGUCACAGUUGCCUUUGUUCAGGAAUAUCGUUCAGAAAAAUCUCUUGAAGAAUUGAGUAAACUUGUACCACCAGAAUGCCAUUGUGUGCGUGAAGGAAAGUUGGAACAUACACUUGCACGAGAUUUGGUUCCAGGUGACACAGUUUACCUUUCUGUUGGGGACAGAGUUCCUGCCGACUUACGCUUGUUUGAGGCUGUGGAUCUUUCCGUUGAUGAGUCCAGCUUGACAGGGGAGACAACACCUUGUUCAAAGGUGACUGCUCCUCAGCCGGCCGCAACUAAUGGAGCUCUUGCAUCAAGAAGUAACAUUGCCUUCAUGGGGACCCUGGUCAGAUGUGGCAAAGCAAAGGGUAUUGUUAUUGGAACAGGAGAAAAUUCUGAAUUUGGGGAAGUUUUCAAAAUGAUGCAAGCAGAAGAGGCACCAAAAACCCCGCUGCAGAAGAGCAUGGACCUCUUAGGAAAACAACUUUCCUUUUACUCCUUUGGUAUAAUAGGUAUCAUCAUGUUGGUUGGCUGGUUACUAGGAAAAGAUAUCCUUGAAAUGUUCACCAUUAGUGUAAGCUUGGCUGUAGCAGCAAUUCCUGAAGGGCUUCCCAUUGUGGUCACAGUGACUCUAGCUCUUGGUGUUAUGAGAAUGGUGAAGAAAAGGGCCAUUGUGAAAAAGCUGCCUAUAGUUGAGACCCUGGGCUGCUGUAAUGUGAUUUGUUCAGAUAAAACUGGAACACUGACGAAGAAUGAGAUGACCGUCACCCACGUGUUUGCAUCAGACGGUCAGCAUGCGGAGGUUACUGGAGUUGGCUAUAAUCCAUUUGGGGAAGUGAUGGUUGAUGGUGAUGUUGUUCAUGGAUUCUAUAACCCAGCUGUUAGCAGAAUCGUUGAGGCGGGCUGUGUAUGCAAUGAUGCUGUCAUUCGAAAUAACACUCUGAUGGGGAAACCAACGGAAGGGGCCUUGAUUGCUCUUGCAAUGAAGAUGGGUCUUGAUGGACUUCAACAGGACUAUAUCAGAAAAGCUGAAUAUCCUUUUAGUUCUGAGCAAAAGUGGAUGGCUGUUAAGUGUGUACACCGAACACAGCAGGACAGACCAGAGAUCUGUUUUAUGAAGGGUGCUUAUGAGCAGGUGAUUAAGUAUUGCACCACAUACCAAAGUACAGGGCAGACCCUGGCCCUCACCCAGCAGCAGAGAGAUCUGUACCAGCAAGAGAAGGCACGAAUGGGCUCAGCAGGACUCAGAGUUUCCAUUGUAGCUAGUCGCCUGGGGUUGUAUUCCAAAACUUCCCAGUCAGUCUCAGGAGAAGAGAUAGACGCGAUGGAUGUCCAGCAGCUUUCGCAGAUAGUUCCAAAGGUUGCAGUAUUUUACAGAGCUAGUCCAAGGCACAAGAUGAAAAUUAUUAAGUCUCUGCAGAAGACUGGAUCAGUUGUAGCCAUGACGGGAGAUGGAGUAAAUGAUGCGGUUGCUCUGAAGGCGGCUGACAUUGGUGUUGCCAUGGGCCAGACUGGCACAGAUGUUUGCAAAGAGGCAGCAGACAUGAUCCUGGUAGAUGAUGAUUUCCAGACCAUAAUGUCUGCAAUUGAAGAGGGUAAAGGCAUUUAUAAUAACAUUAAAAAUUUUGUCAGAUUCCAGCUAAGCACGAGUAUAGCAGCAUUAACUCUAAUCUCACUGGCUACAUUAAUGAACUUUCCUAAUCCUCUCAAUGCCAUGCAGAUUUUGUGGAUCAAUAUUAUUAUGGAUGGACCUCCAGCCCAAAGCCUUGGAGUAGAACCAGUGGAUAAAGAUGUCAUUCGUAAACCUCCACGCAACUGGAAGGACAGCAUUUUAACCAAAAACCUGAUUCUUAAAAUACUCGUUUCAUCAAUAAUCAUUGUUUGUGGGACUUUGUUUGUCUUCUGGCGGGAGCUACGAGACAAUGUGAUAACACCUCGAGAUACCACAAUGACCUUCACAUGCUUUGUGUUUUUCGACAUGUUCAAUGCACUAAGUUCCAGAUCCCAGACCAAAUCUGUGUUUGAGAUUGGACUCUGCAGUAAUAAAAUGUUUUGCUACGCAGUUCUUGGAUCCAUCAUGGGACAGUUAUUAGUUAUUUACUUUCCUCCACUUCAGAAAGUUUUUCAGACGGAGAGCCUAAGUAUACUGGAUCUGCUGUUUCUUUUGGGUCUCACUUCAUCAGUGUGCGUGGUAUCAGAGAUUAUAAAGAAGGUUGAAAGGAGUAGGGAAAAGAUUCAGAAGCAUGUUAGUUCGACAUCGUCGUCUUUUCUUGAAGUAUGAUGCAUAUUGCAUUCUUUUAUUUGCAAACUAGGAAUUGCAGUCUGAGGAUCAUUUAGAAGGGCAAAUUCAAAAGGAUAAUGAAGAUUUGAGAACUUUUAAGCUUUUCAUUGACUAAAAAUGAGUGUUAAUGUUAAAGACUUGAUUUGAGACUUUAACUUGCUGGCAGUCCCAAAUGAAAUUAUGCAACUUUGAUAACAUAUUCCUUGAUUUAAGUUGGCUUUUGCAAUGGAGUGGAACUUUUUAAAGUUAUAGGGUCAGUUAUUUAAUUACAAAAAAGGCAAAACCUGAACCACCUUCUGCACUUAAAGAGGUCUAACAGUACAAAUAUACUAUCUUCUUAGAUAUAAAUAUUUUUUUUUAAUUUUUAAAUAUUGUACUAUUUAUGGUGGUGGGGCUUUCUUACAGAUACACAAAUAAAUCCAGUCCUUACAAAGGCAUUCUAUUAUUUGGUUUAGAAGUUGAUUCCCAGGAGUGCUAUAUUUCAGCUACUGUAUUUCCUUUUCCUACAGUGUAAGCAGCUCAGAUAACUCUGUGUUACCAUUUUUGUGUCUCAAGGUAUUUUUUGCACAGGAUGUGACCACUGUCAGAUCACUGUUCUUUUCUUUCUUUUUGUGAUUGAAAAGGCCUCUACUGCAAUUUGAAGUAAAUGUUUGCUUUUCUUAGUAAGUAUAAAUGGUUGCCUUCCCCCGCCACGCCCCCCUUUUAAGGUAUGAGUCUUGGUCUAGCAGAAUUAAUACAGGAUUGUCAAGUGGCAUUCUAGUUAGGAUAGCAGUGUCUGUAAUUAAUGCAGCCAUAGAGAGAAAAGUAUUUAAGAAUGAUUGCACUGAAAUUUAUAACACUGUUUUAACAUGUGUUACCAUCCCUUUUUUGAGUUAAAUAUAAAUGCGUAUGUUGUCAAACAGUGUCAUAUCCUAAAUACAAAUCCAAGUACAUCACCUGAAUAACUGAAAUUUAUUACUUUGAAUGUCUCUUUUCUAAUGUGUUUCUAAAUAUCAUUUUUAGAGUAAUCUACGCAAAGAAUAAAACUCCCAGCCCAAGCAGGGGGAGCAGGUGCAUGUGAGGUUCUGUGCUGGCCUUGUGUGCUCUGGGUGGCGGCGCAGCCCAGGCGCCCGCUGCCGCCUGCCCCACACGGUCUCUGCUUCGGGCUGCUCUGUGCGAGAGAAAUAAGCGGACUUGUUCUGUGUGGUGCAUCACUUUUAUAGUGGCACGAGGAGGAGUAGGUCAGCUUUUCCGAAUAUAUGACAGAUAGGGACUAGAUCUCUAUCCAAACUAGAUUCAAAGUUAGAAAUCCAUUUUCCUGUUGAAUAUUUCUCUCUGAAAUAGGAACAGGCCGCACUUUUUUUUAAACAGCAUUAAAUCUUCUUGAAAUGAAUGGGGAGUUUGUAUUUUAUGAUUUGCCAUUAAAAAAAAAACUUUCAGGAUAAACAACCUCCAGUUUUUAUUGAUAUUAAACUAUGGUACAUAGACUAAGUGCUGUUACUUAUGACAAGGAAAAUACCUAUUUGUUGAGUCCUUGUUACUGAAACAGUCAAGUCUGAGGAGCUGAGAUGUCUGUAGUGUAUGCAGUUUGACUUUGUGAGGCUGCCUGGUCACAUGGACUUUGUUCCUUGCUAUCAAAUGGAACAUGACGCAAAGUCAUUUUGGUGACUGUCUCAUACCUAAAUUUUGUCAUUUUUCUUCUGUUAAAAAUAUUUGAAGUGCAUAUUAAGUGCAUGUCAAUCUCCUGGUUUGCCUUUUAGUUUCAGAGUAUGAUUCCUGUGAAAUAAAUGUGCCUAUUCUUUC